ACAAUAAUUCAGUCAGCUAUUCAAAACAAGACGCAACGAUUAAUUGACAAUACAUUAUUCAUUUCCCAACCGCAUAUUUCGAUCCUUCCAUCCAUGUCGAGAAGAAGAAGAGCCGGUCAAGUAAUUAAACUGGAGUCGCAAGAAGGAGUGGAUCCAAGAGUAGUACAACAAAAAGAGCUAAACAGAAAGUAUGUGAGUUUCUCUAAGAGGCGUUACGGGCUGUUCAGCAAGGCUUCGGAAUUUUGCUUGAAGUUCGACGCACAAAUUGCCGUUCUAGUGCUGUCUCCUGCUGGUAGGCCUUACUCUUUCGGACACUCUUCUGUUGAUGCCGUGCUCAAUCGCUAUUUUAAGAUAGCGCAAGCACCUUCUACCAGCCGCUUUACAGAAGACAAUCAGGAGGAGCAAAGAGACAAGAUCCAAGUGCUCAGAAAGCAACUUGAAAGUCAUAAGAAGCGAAAGAGAGAGGAGGAGAUUGCGGAGAAGAAUAAGGUGGCAAAGGUUAAAGAGUCGGUUGAGAAGGAGUUGCAAACCUGCAAAACAGUUGCAGAGUUGGUGGCGUUUAAACAAAAAUAUUUGGUGCUUCAUGAAAAUAUUAACAAGAGAUUUAAACAAUCACAAUCACCCGUUAGUAAGAGGCAAUGUAUCAACCGGGAUAUAGUUUUGGAAGAUAAUAAUGCGCAACAUGUCUCGAUCAGACCAAUAUUGAUAUCUAAAGACACGCUGCCUAAUACAACGCUAACAACGGUGGGUGAUGAUCAUGAUGUUGGCAACGGCAAUCGCAACGACAAUGGCAACGGCAAGGGAUCUUUCAGCUGGAAUGCAGAAGAUUUGGAGAACUUCUUGCUAAGGCAAGAUGUGGAGGAUAUAGGUGGGGUAGUGGAUGACACUGGAUAUGCUGCAAUGCUCAACUACUUUAUAGGGGAAGAUGGUAAUGAUCCGAAUGGCGCCGUUGAUGUUUCACCUGCAGAACAUGUUUUCCCUCCGGCUUUGAAAGCUCUUCCCUUCGAUCCAGUUGGGUCAUCAGAUUUCACACAACACAAUAUUAGUGAUGAUGCUGCUAACAGAUAUUAUGGCUACUUAGAAGACAUAAUCAAUAAUUCUUACUCUCAUCAGGAUACAAGUUUCAAUUUUAAUUGACGAUUAUCUUGUAGAUGUAUUUAAGUACGAAUUUAAGCAAGUGUUCUUCAGUUUUCCCACUUUCUUUCCGCU